CAUUUCUAAACUCUCUCUCACUCAAAUCUUUCCCGCCCAUUUCCUUUCCCAAAUUCUCCCCAUUCUUUCCUCGAUCGAAACCCUAAUUUCGUGAGCUCAGCAAAUGGUGUCCUCGGAGGAGACCACGCCUCCCGCCAAAUCUCCUCCGGCAUCGAUGAUAUUGGCGCCGUCACCGGAGAUCACUCCACCGGAGGCGACGCCGCCGGAGAUCCCUCCACCGCAGGCGUCGGCACCGGAGGCGCCUCCGGAAGCUCCCUUAACCUCUGACCAACCUCCAGGAUCUCAGGCUGCAGGGUACCCAAAAGCACAGUCGGUUGAUGGGGGUAAGCUUAACUCGGGGUCUCCCAACGAGAAUGGAUCUCAGAGGGGCGAUGAGAGUGGGAACGAGGGAUCAUCCAGAUUUAGCCUGACUUGCUAUGAAAUAUUGGAUACAGAAGACGAAGGCUCAGAACCUGAGGAUCCAAAUCGAAAGAGACCCUUCAGUGAAGCAUUUGCUGGGGGGGAAAGUUCAGAUGGAAUUGCACCUAACAUCAUACCAAAUUCAGCAAAUGUGACAAACAGAACUAUUGGAGUUAAUGAAUCUCAGAGUGGUGAUGGCAAUGGGAACGAGGGCUCAUUGGAUGCAUUGGAUUAUUACUAUGCACGGGAUUAUGAGUAUGGAUAUCAGAAAGAACUUAAUGAUCUGAGAAGGCAAAUAGCCGCACUCAGGCGUGCCAAUGAUUCACUUAGGAUGGAGCUGUUAGCCCUCAUGUUUUGAUGAUGUUCUUACAACCACCAUUAUCGGUACUAAUGGCUUAUUGAGUGUAAA